UUAAACUACAGGCACAUGUGCAGACUGAGAGGAGUAUAAAAACAGCAAACACUCUCACCAUCUUAGAACUAUACUCAACCUAUUGUAGGUGUAUGUACUAUAGAUUGCAGAGCAUACGAAGAGCAACCUGUAAAAGAUGGUGAGGGAGAUGGUCAGCAGAAGCCUGGAGUCUGAGCCAGCACACAUUUGUGGACCCCACUGCCUGGGCCCCUUGACCUUCCAUAAGGAGGUGAUGGGUGCCUUGGUGAGCCUGAGCCAGGGGGCCAGGCGGGCAGACAGGACUGGGGUCACCUUCAGACACGGCCUGGUUUUCAGCAGCCGCCCGGUACGGCCCCAGGAGAGGGUGCGUCUGCGAGUGGAGUUGUGCAAGCUGACCUGGCUUGGAGCCAUGCGUGUGGGCUUCACCAAUGUGCUUCCUAUUGCCAGAGCCCUGCCGUCCCUGGCCAUCCCAGACCUCACAGACCUCCCUGGCCACUGGGCCGCUCCUGUGCCUGAAACUUGCUGCCUGCCAGGCUCAGAGCUGGAGUUUUGGGUCUCCCAUGGCGGUCGAAUGUAUUUCAGGAAUGCCAACAGACGAAAACACAAACUGCUGAACGGAGUGGACCUCAGCCGUCCCCUGUGGGCCAUGAUUGACGUUUAUGGGCAGACCUGCUCUGUGCUCUUACUGGGGUCGGAGAAGAAAGAGUUUUUGGGGACUCGAAAGUCUUGUCCUGCUCCGCAACGGCAUUCCUCCUGUUCUGCUCUUCAGAGACACACCUCACUCAAUAUUGAAAACUAUGUGAAUGUGAGACAGAUUUGUGAUUACAUUCAUGACAGCUAUCUUCUUCCCCAUCCAGCCAAUAAGCAGACAUCAGACUGUGAGAGCGUGGAGGACUGUGCGGUGUGUAUGAGCCAGAAGGCUUGUAUCAGCCUGCAGUGUGGCCACCAGUGCCUGUGUCUCCAGUGUGCCAUCAGAGUGAUCCAGGAGUUUGGAAACUGCCCUCUGUGUCGCCAGAACAUCAAGAGCUUCCUGCAAACUAAAUGACCCAGUAGGACCGACCCCAAUUACUCGAUUGUUUGGUCAUUAGGCUGUUGGUCGACAGAGAUUGUUUUAGUCGAGCAGUAUCAAAUAUAUAUAUUUGUAUAUAUUUGCGCCCAUCUCAGUGACUUAAACCAUUGAGGAGGCCUAGACUAAAAUGUAUGUUUGAUUAUGUUUGAUUAGAAAAUGUGGUCGGAGGCUCCAUAUGGAGGGUGUGACACAAUUGUGGAGCCUCCAGAGGCAUGCAGAGGCCAUAUCGAGCUCUGUAACGCAUCGCCAUGUGCCUCCCAAAAAUGUUUAACAAUGUGGAGGGCUCUGUAUAAUUCAGCAUUGAUAUGAUUGGUUGAUGGUAGGUGGGGCGGUACAUCCUGUAUAAACAUAAACUCACUUCCUUGACAACAGCUCUGCACUCCUCUGUGAAGGGCAAUAAGUAUUAAUACCCUGACUUCCAAUGAGGCCAUUCCUGCCAUGACUUUUGCUGAGGCCGUAUAACCAUAAAUGUCUGAUUGACCAUGCGCCCAGAUGCACAAUGCACUGCUCUCUUCAGAAUGUGCUCUCCCUGACAAUUUGUGCCAGUGGCCAUUUUAGCAUGUAAAUCUUGGUGGGGCAAGCUCCCCCAAAACAUAUUGGGAUGCAUGCCAGCAAAGCCACUACACAACACUAAACAAUACAUUAAUUGCACUUCAACAUUGACAAACGGUGCCCACAAACUGCUAUGGCCUACACAAAACUGUCCCCACAGCAGUCCCAACAGCAGUACCAACACCUGACCACAACACCACUGGCCAUCAGCGGAGCCUUGUCUGGCAGCAAAACACAUCAUUCAAGACUCAUUUACUGCCUUUAAAAAAAAUUAUCUAUUAUGGCUGAUUUUCUUAAACAAAUGUGUUUUUUACUAACAAUUGAGAUGUACAAACUAUGGUAUAAGGGGACGGCGAGCGGAUAUGAGGCAAAUCCAUAAUUCCGAUUAAGACAUGAAUGAGCGAGCUAGGAUGGACGUAGUCAAUUUAACUAUUUGUUCUGCACUUUCGAAAUGUACAGCAACAGAAUUGAAAACAUGGGCCGUUCUUACAGUAUACUCCCUGUACACCUGUCAGUUGGCAUGAAGGAUCGGGAGGCAGACGCAGGAAUGCGUAAUCGUUUUUUUUUUAUUGUACCCAAAUUACGGCGUGCCGUGUAAAGGCACGGGGACGAAGACCAAACAAACACUAUACAAAAACACAGGGUUGAAACCCAAACAAAAGAGCGAGGAGUACCUUGAACAAAUGCGCACAAUGAUUAACACACAGGAUGAGAACUGUAAUCAUCUGCACAAUCCACAAUGGCACGAAAGCCAAAACACACAGCACAGGUACUCACACGCACCAACGGGAAUAGUAACAAUAAUCGACCCUCCAAAUGGAAACCAAAGGACACAUAUAUACAAAUGCUAAUCAGUGGAAAUAGGGGACAGGUGUUCCGGAGGGAUCCGUGACAACACCAAGUCAGAACCGUAGGAUAAAUAAAGGGGGCAUAUAAGCAGACAAUGAAACCUCUUACAAUAUUCUAUGAUUACAUUUCUCUAAAACAGGCUAUAGGCUACAUGUGCACCACCAAGUCAGAACAGUGGAAAAGGGACCAAAUUAUUAGGGUGAGGCACAUUGGCUACUAACAGCUUACUACACAACAUACAAUCAGUAUUACUUUCUUAACUACAGUAUACAUAUCUCCCUGGCAUAUUGAGUCAUUUAUGCAGCAGCAUACAAGACAUUUUUGGACUCACCUUGUUGUACUGUGCUCAAUUGAACAGGAAGGUGGUCCUUUGUGGCAAAUUUUGUCAUUCAACUUUUAUAGAUGUAUAUUUUAGCUGAACAGGUGGGGCUCAAAACAGCUGGGGCUCUGUGUGAAUAGUUUGCUUUCAAUUGUGACUUAUUUUAUAUAAAUAACCCAUUACAUAUAUCACCAGUAGUAAAUGUACAGUUAAUUCCUAUCAUUUAGACUCUAGAAUGUUUGUUACAUUGGUUACGGUCAUUCAUUUUAAUGCAUUUAACAUUAUUAUUCCAGUCUUCCCAUUAUCAUUGUCAGAAUGGACACAUUGUUUGCAGAGUGCACAACGUAUGCUACACUUCUGAAAAAUAACUUUUGUUUUUUUAAUCCCAUUUACAAGUUCUGUCAAUUUAGUCAUUGUAUUUUGUUUGGAGCGCUCCUGUCAAUGUUGAGUAAGGAUGCAUAUGCAUUGAAGUAGGCCUAUAUCUACUUGGCCUGUGCGCAAAUGUAGGCAUAUAAAUGUGCCCAUUUAGGGAUGAGAUAGUAUUUCUGAUUGGCAAAAUGUGAAGACUGUGCAAGGGACUGUCACUAGCGACUGUAUGUUGCCAUGCAGGUAAUCAUCCACAUCUACCCAGUAACUCUGUGUUAUCAGAUGUCUUUGUAAAGAAAUGUUAUAAUCAGAAUUACAAACUCGGUGGGUCCAGCCCUGAAGGCUGACAGCUGUGGUAUAUCAGACCGUAUACCACGGGUAUUACAAAACAUGUAUUUUUACUGAGGCACCUCGGGGGGUUAUGGUAUAUGGCCAAUAUACCAUGGCUAAGGGCUGUGUCCAAAUUACUAAAAAGGGAUUACAGGAUUUUUUUCAGAAGGAUCUACACUAUCUACUCCACAUUUUGAAAGUGAAAGGAAACUGUAGAUUUUUUAAUUAAGAAAAAAGAUCAAAUUAAGAUGUAUUGAUUGCGUAUGUCUUCACACCCCAGAGCUAAUACUUGGUGGAAGCAUCUUUGUGUCACGUUGUUCGUAAUAAUGAUGGUCGGACCAAGGCGCAGUGUAUGUUGAGU